AUGGAAGAGGUGCCUAUCGCAGGAACUUCUCUGCUGUCGGCAUCAUUAGGCUCUGCAUCCUCACUCGUCGUUCUGCAGGCCGCAUCUCGCAUCUUCACAUUCGCUCUGAAUCAGGCUCUCGUACGCCUUGCCUCUCCCAAAACUUUUGGUACUGCAGCUAUACAGUUUGAGCUACUACUGUCGACCAUUCUAUUUCUCAGCCGUGAGGGUGUUCGCAACGCUUUACUACGUAGCGCUUCCAAGCCAUCGACCAGCAAGCAAAUCGACAACAUCUCAAUUCUCCCAGUCUACUUCGGUAUACCAUCAGCAUUCCUGCUGUCAUGCAUAUACAUAUGUAUGAGCUCCGAGUCCACCCGAAAUCAACCAUUCUUCACGCCCAGCGUACUGGUUUAUGCUGUUGCCGCGUCUGUGGAGCUAUUAUCUGAGCCACUAUAUGUCCGGGCCCAAAACGAGCUACGAUUCAAUAUCCGGAUACGCGCCGAAGGACUCGCAGUGUUCCUCAAGACUGUGUUCACUUUCGUUGUUCUGGCCUUCGGGCCGCCUGACUGGGCACUUCUCGCAUUCGCCGCCGGGCAGAUGGGCUAUGGACUGGCCACGUUCGCCACUUUCGCUUCGGUAUAUGGCGUGACUGGCCAUCUAAAGUUGAAACCCAUUGCGAAAGGCUCGGAAGAUGGAAGCUCUGGUCCACGCUUUGAUCCCGAACUCAUGCGACUCUCGAAGUCCAUGACCACCCAAUCCGUUAUUAAGCACUUCUUGACAGAAGGCGACAAGUUCCUGGUGUCGCGCCUAAGCCCGUUGGAGGACCAGGGUGGCUAUGCAAUAGCAUCUAACUACGGAUCUCUCGUCGCUCGUAUAGUCUUCCAACCUGUAGAGGAGAUGUCCAGAGUCUUCUUCUCGAAGUAUCUGGCGUCUGUAGACGGGAAGAGAAACGAGGACAAAGAUCAGGAUGUUUAUCGCACGGCAUCGCGCUUACUGAUGACGCUCUUACUUGUCUUCUCGCAUCUGCUCCUCUUUUUGGCGGCCUUUGCACCGCCGUAUCUUCCAAUCGUCACAGGCGUCCUACUACCACCAAGGUAUCGUCAAACCUCAGCGCCACAAAUACUCGGGGCGUACAUUUAUUACAUCCCGACCAUGGCUUUCAACGGCGUACUGGAGGCGUUCUUCUCCUCUGCGUGCACGCCGAGAGACCUACAAGGCCAGAGCAGGAUGAUGAUGGCCGCAUCCGCCGGCUUUGUCGUGGCUUCCUUUGUCCUUUCUCAGACGUUUGGCAUGGGCGACGUUGGUCUUAUCUGGGCCAAUGUGGCUAACCUCGGACUACGCGCGGCGUAUGCGUGGGUAUUCGCGCGAAGGUUCUUCAAGGAGAAAGGUUUAGUUGGCGCAAUCACUUUAUCGGAUGCCCUGCCUCCCGUACAAGUCAUGGGCGCGUUCGCCGCGGCCGCCGCCAUCGUCCGCGCAAGUGCUCUCAGGCACUCAGACCUUCCACCAACGCUUCUGGCCCAGAGAGCGCACAUAGCUGUGGGGGGAACAACUGGAGUACUAUGCUUGCUCUCUUGCUACAUCUUCGAGCGACGAAGAUUCGCGGAGACGCUUCGUAUACUUCGCUCGUGA